GAAUCUCAAAAUUUUAUAACUCAUCCAAAAUUUGUGAUUUGCUUUAGUUUUCAAAACAUUUAUAAUUAUAAGACUACAGCAUGCAUUUUUGGAUUAAUAUAUAAAAUUUACUGUAUCAACUACGAAUUAUCAUUUACAGAGUUGGUACGAAAAUACCGAAGAUGGAGAAAAUAACAAUUAGAUGAAAUGACAAUUAUUGCACCACGUUGCAUACUUUUAUGCAUUAUAAAUAUUCAAUAAUAAAUCUGAACAGAUAAUUACCUACUGAAUAUCUAAUUAAUUAUUUAGAUACAACUUUAUGUUAUAAACUACCUAUUUUAUUGGUCUUGAUUGUUUAUGCUAAUAGAGUUUCAAAUCCGCAAAUUUAUUUGUUUUUUAUAUAAUAUUUGAAAUACCAUUUUGUUAAUUGCUUUCGUAUUUUAAACAUUUGAAAUUACAAGACUAAAUCAUGCAUUUUUGGCUAAAAUAUAAAAUUUACUGUAUCAAUAAAUAAAUAUUAUAUAUAGAGUUGGUAAAAGGAAAAUACUGAAGAAUGAAAAUAGUAACAAUUAGGUAAAAUGUCAAUUAUUGCACCACCUUGCAUAAUGUUUUAUGCAUUAUAAAUAUUCAAAUAUCAAAUCUAAAUAAGCCAUUGCCUACUUAAUUUCUAAUCGAUUAUUUAGAUCGAAAACUUUAUACUAUAUUUAUUAGUCAUCGUAGCUUUUACUAAUUUUAAGAUUCAAAACCGUAUAUUGCAUGCAUACUGUAUUGUUUUUAAUACAAAUGUUUAUUUAAAAAAUUAAUUAUGAGUAGGAUUGGGGUACCUAAAGUUUUAAAAUUAAUCAUUCAAUUUUUAUUUACAUUUUAAAAAAAUAAAUCUGUUUGCGGACUUUUGUGGUAGUGUUUGUUGUACUAUUUUGGCGAUCUUAUAUUAUUAUUUCACCGGUCUCUUAUCAGUAUGAUCGUUUCCAAUCCAAUUCUAAAUAUAGAUCUCUAUUGUAGAAGAAAAUAUAGGAAUAGAGAUUUUGUUCAAAUAUAUUCCUAAUAGAUGAAUAUUAUAUUUUCUUCUAUUUAUAGAGAAAUUCUAUUUUUCUGUUGAUAUAGAGAUAUUAAAUAGCAUUCUUACAUAAAUAAAGAAAAUGUAGUAUUUUUAUUAUAGGAGCACACUGAAGUAAAAUAUAAACUUCUAUUUUGUAAUUGAAAUCUCUAUUUUUUUAGAUGUGUUAGAAAUGUUUUAAGAGUAUCCCAAAAACGAAUUUGUUUUAAGAUUUGUCAAAACUUAAAAUUUAAGGUUUGAUGGUAUCUUUCUCUAAAAGCAAAAUCUUAUAUUGAACCUUGAAUUUUUUUUUUUACACUUCCAUUCUUAUUAUUGAUCAAACUAGUCAAAUAUAAAAUAUAUGAUAAAAUGUCGUUUAUAAUAUUUCUCAUAAAACUAUUCAAUCUAAAGAUGACAUAAUUAUAUGGAGAAUUUAUUAACAACUCUAACCGGAAACCAUAAAAGAAUAUAAGGAAUAGGAAGGAAAUGAAUGAAGAGGAAUAAAACAAGAAGAAAAUGCAUUCCUCUUCUAAUUUGAUAAGGAAUAAUUGUAGUCUAUUAUUUCUUAAAGUUUAAAGAAUGUUAAGGAAUCAUAAGGAAUAAAUAUUCCUUGUAAAUGGUGUAAAUUGUAAGGAAUGAUAAUGAAUUUACUAUUCUCACUCAUUCCCUUGGUCACCAUUUAGACCAUGGCUUUCCAUUAAACCAAAAUUAUUUAUAUGGAUGGCUUUUGGGAGAUUUUGGAUAUUUUAAAUAAAAUUUACAUAAAUUAUUUUAAUAUUUUAACUUUAUAUCUGAUAGUAAAAUUAUACAAUAUAUGUAAAAUUUUAUGAAAUGUGAAAUUAUAAGGAUUUAAUUGAUAAAAUAAAAAGAUUGAUAAGAUUAUUUGCAAGAGAUAAAGUGUAAGGACUUAAAAGUAUGUAAUCUCGAAUAUAAGGAUUUAAAUAACGAAACGAUAUAUUCGAAGUUUCACUACUCAAAACUAGAAAAUUUAAAGUUUUAAAGUUGCUUUUGGAGUACAAAAAAUCUUAUAUUUGGAUUUAUAACAUUGUUUUGGAGAUGUUUUAAAGAUGCACUGGUUAGUCUCUUUUAAAGUUUAUUUCUAAUUAACAAUAAAAUGAAGAAAAAAGAAGAAGAAGUAAAAGUAAAGGAGGAAAGAGAAGGAGAAAGUCUCUACAAUGAGCUUUUGAUAAACUGGUUUAAUACAUUUCAACAUUUUAGCUAAUGACAUUUUUUAAUAUGUUAAACUUUAUCACUAAUUAAGAAAUUCAGAGAAUCUCUCAGCAUUGCUGAUACUCUUAUGUUCUCGGAAAUUUAAAAUUCAUGGAAAAAAUAAGGUAUAUAACUAUAUAAGGGGUGUAUUUUAGACUAAACAUGAGUAUCUUAAGAUAAUUAAGCGAUGGUGAGAUAUUGAUAAGAGUUAGUACAUUACAACCAGAUAACACCAGAAGUUAUUUUACUAAUUCAUAAUAAGUCAUUAAACAAUCUAAGGAAAAAGACACACGAACAAAUGAUUAAAUAAAUACUAUAUCAACAAACGGGGUCGGGCUCAACAAUUACAUAUAGAAAUGAUUGCCUUGUUGAUGAUUUCCUUUCGUAUGUCCACGGAAAAGACCGUUUCUAGGUAAGUCCGUAAGUAGAAGUCAACUUCUUUGCCAUAAAACUAUCAUAUAAGUUUUUGUGUUUACAAAACUCACUUUGAUGAUUUAAGUAACGUGAACAGAAUGUUCAAGGGGCAGAAAUUGCCCUUUAAUAGAGCAUGCCACAUAAUUGGUUAAACGUGUGGAAUAACUCAAAACGAAAUCAAGUGAACGAAGCAGAUCGUCAAUGGCAAGGAUGUCAUAGGCAUGAAAAAUUCAUGCUUAUUUAUCAACUUCACAAUUUCAAUUUUUUUAAUAUGAUUUUAUUUUUAAAUUAUCGUAUGGACUCCUUCGCUGAUGUCUCUUAAUUAAUCUCUACAAUUUAUAAAUUCCUGGACAAGUAAACAGAAAUUGAGGAUUGAAUAACAAAAAAGCUAAAGCGAGGGUUGAAAAAGAGGAAGAAGAUGCUUUUAACCAAAUCUAUUAGUAUCAUCAAUUUUUCUCUCGUUAUCAUCUUUCUUGCAGUAUACGUAACGUUGUUCUACAGCGUUUGUUCAGACACUGGAAACAUCAAAAGAAGUAAGUUCAGAUACGAAAGUUACGACGAUAGCUAUGAAGCUAGAAGCAGCCAGGUCACUAAUCCUAUCCUCAGCCGCCGUAACACCAACCCCUUUACCAAACCGGUCAAAGUUCUCUGCCGCACCACCACUUCGUGUUCAAAAUCGUAAGUCGUAUUUAUACUCUAUUUAUCUUUGAAUUAUAUUUAGAUUUCUCUAAUCUUAGCAUGUUUCAAAGAAAUUCAGAUGAAGUAUACGACAUGUGUUGAUAUGAUUAGUUGUUAAUUUAAUUAUGGACUUUUAAAUAUCCAAUUCCGUAGAAUCGGGCUGGUCAAAUGAAAUUAGUGGCCUGAAUUAAUAAACAAAAUUAUGGUCCCUUCCCUUCCAUAUUUUUAAAUUGCAUUUAACAAUAAGAAAUGAAUAUACAAUUGUUAUAAAAGAGUUGCUACAUUAAUUAAGUGCGCACUUAUAUACCGUUAAAAUGAAAAAAAAAUGUCUUAAGUUUGGUGGGAGAUUUUUUAACUAUACUUGUUUUCCUUGUGACGUCCAUCCUUUGACAUUUUCUUUCUAAAUAAAUCACAUAUCGAAAUUAAUACAUUAGGAAAACGAGUAAGAGAUUAACGGAGGUUAUAGGCGUACAAGUUCAUAUUUUAAAAAUCGAUGAUUUUCUUUGGAACUUUAUGAUAAUGCAUGUAGACAUACCUUUUUAGUUAUAAUAUGUAAAAGUAUGAGAGGAUGUUGACAAAAAAAAGUAAAAGGAAAAUGAUAUAUAAUAUUUAGUAUUAUAUGUUUGUAAAUAAAUUGAUGUGUAGCCUAUGAUAAGUAAUAGUUUCGAAUAUAUUCAGUAGGUCGAAAUUGGAGACUUUUUGAAUAUUUUAGAUAAGAGUACACCAAAUCUCAAUCAUGCAGCCAAAAUAUUCUAUAAUUUUCUUAUAAAUAUAGACACAUAUAGAUAAGCGUACACUACAACAAAUCGCAGAAUAUAAACAAACACACAAGAGAAGAAAAAAAUGAAAUUUUUUGCCAACGUAACUCUACUUUUAUUACAAAGCUUCUUGUUUCCUCUUUACAGUUCAUCUCUUCAUCAAACUUCUCCAGAUGAUUCAUCUCCAUUUCCUUCUGAUUUCCUCUUUGGCACAUCAUCUUCUGCUUAUCAGUAUGAAGGUGCGUACUUAACCGAUGGAAAAGGUUUGAACAAUUGGGAUGUCUUUAGCCAUGAAAACCCUGGGGAUAUAUUGGAUGGGGGCAAUGGAGAUAUAGCUGUUGAUCAAUAUAAUCGAUUCAUGGAGGAUAUCCAAUCAAUGAAUUAUCUUGGCGUCAACAGUUACAGAUUUUCAAUAUCUUGGUCUAGAGUCUUACCUAAAGGGAGACUUGGAAGCAUAAACCAUUUGGGCAUAAAGCAUUACAACAGGUUGAUCGACGCUCUCAUUAGAAAUGGGAUUACACCAUUUGUGACGUUGAACCAUUUCGACUAUCCUCAAGAACUUGAGAACCGAUUUAAAAGUUGGUUAAGCCCUGAGAUGCAGAAAGAAUUCGGGUACUUGGCUGAUACAUGUUUCAAAUAUUUUGGAGACCGAGUUAAACACUGGAUCACGAUAAACGAACCAAAUCAACAAAUCAUCUUAAGCUAUCUAAAGGGCAUAUUUCCACCAAACCGGUGCUCCAUGCCGUUUGGAAAUUGUAGUCAGGGGAAUUCGGAAACUGAGCCUUUUAUAGCUGCGCAUAACACAAUCCUCGCACACGCAAAGGCGGUUCAAAUAUACCAAACCAAAUAUAAGAAAGAACAAAAGGGAAGCAUUGGCAUUGUGGUACAAACAUCAUGGUUUGAACCCAUAAGCGAUUCCACUGCAGAUAAAAAUGCUGCAGAGAGAGCUCAGUCAUUUUAUUCGAACUGGAUUCUAGAUCCCGUUGUGUAUGGGAAAUAUCCUGAAGAAAUGGUGAAUCUACUUGGAUCAGCUUUACCGAAAUUUUCCAUAAAGGAAAUGAAGAACCUUAAAAGAUAUAAAUCAGAUUUUUUGGGUAUUAAUCACUAUACAAGUUACUUCAUCCAAGAUUGUUUGAUUUCUGCUUGUAAUUCUGGAGAUGGAGCUUCUAGAAGUGAAGGAUUCGCACUGAAAUUAAUCCAGAAAGGCAAUGUUUCAGUCGGAGAAGUUACCGACGUAAGUUGGUUGAACAUUGAUCCUGAAGGAUUCAGGAAGAUGUUGAAUUAUCUAACAGAUAGAUACCCAAACAUACCAAUGUUCAUCACCGAAAACGGUCUCGGAGAGUUACAAAAACCAGAGACAACUGUAAAAGAACUACUAAAUGAUACAAAAAGGGUACGCUAUUUGAGUGGAUAUUUGGAUGCUUUGCAGACAGCAAUGAGGGAUGGAGCAAAUGUGAAAGGAUAUUUUGCAUGGUCACUAUUAGAUAAUUUUGAAUGGUUGUACGGAUACAAGCUUCGCUUUGGGAUAUUCCACGUUGAUUACACAACUCUUAAAAGAACACCGAAGCAAUCAGCUUAUUGGUACAAGAACUUCAUUGAAAACCACAUGGGUACAAGAGAUCUCGCAGAUAAAAAAUGAAGAUGUCAAAACUAGGAAAGAUUUAGUAAAAUCUUAUGAUUAUUAAUUCUUUUGGAAUCUUGCACUACAAUUUUAUUACAACGAUUAUUGUACAUGAAUAUGUGGGUAUCCCCUAUAUAUUAUUUGAAGAUCUUUUAAAAAGUUAUAACUUCAA